GGAGGUGCCCAACUCAAUCCUUUGGCUGCUCUCCCAAUCGGUCCUUACCUUGAGAUAGAUCUGGUCGUGCACACUCCUUCAUCGGCUCAUAUCAGACAGUCCAAUCAACACAUUCCUUUUGUCUCUUUUGUCUCCUGGUGAAUUGAAGCAACAUUCACGCUUCACAUUGAACAAUCAUCUUUUUGGUUCUUUGUGUUCAACAUGGGUCCUGAUCAUGGCGUCCUCGGUGCCACUUUCAAGGCAACCAGGGCUCUUCAGAUGGCUUCCAUGCUCGCUGUCGUUGGUAUCACGGCCAAUUUCAUCUCUGAGAUGGUCAGUGCCGGAGCUACGCCACCAUCAGUCAUUGUGGCCAUCUUGAGCAUUGUGUGCAUCGCCGUGCUGUAUUGUGCCAUCACACUCAUUCUGUAUUUGGACAGCAUUCUCCCGUUUCUGAUCAGCACGGGCAUCGACUCUCUUUUCUUGAUUGCUCUGGUUGUGGUCUCGGUGGUGGUUGGUAAACCACUAUCGUACUUGAACUGCCAGGUGCUCGACGAGAUCUCCAACGCCACUUCCAGCGCCUUCGACUUCACAUCAGCCUUGGGCAAUAGUCUCAACAAAGAUGGCAAAGUGAAUUAUUCGCAAUGGAUUGGCACUUCCAAGUCGACGUGCUUGGAGAUGAAGUCCAUCUGGGGAUUCAGUAUCGCUCUUUGCAUCCUGUUCACCUUCUCGGCGGUGAGCACCAUAUGUCUUUGGAAGAGGACCAAGCAGGCUCCUGCAGACAAGAGCCAGGCUUGAAGCAGCAGGGCGUCGGAUCGUGACGGAAUGGUUCGCCGUCAGAGAUGUCAAGUUGAUUGCAGGAGGAGAGAUCAUGCAUAACCUUCCGGGCGAAAAAGAACUAGGCUAGAAGACGAUAAUUGCAA